AUGCAGGGUGAUGACGAAGGCUUUCCUUUAAAACAUGAACUUUCAGUCACUCUCUUCAAAGAAAAGGGAAUACGAAAGUAUACACUUGAUGGAAAACAUGUAACAAUAAGAGCUGUACAGAAUUUCCUCUUCCAGCAUGGAUUGAGACACUCUUCAAACUUUGUUAUUUUCCAGAAUCAUGUGGUCAGUCUAAUGUUUAAAAACUCUAAGGAGAUUGCAGAAAUGAUCACAGAUGGAAGUGGAGGAUUGAGUUUUGAACAACAGGCCGAGAAGACUUUGAAUGAAAUCCAAUCAUGGAAGCAAACAGAGGAACAUAUGAAUGAGCAAAUUGUAAAACUAGAGAGGUUGAUAGAAGAAGAUAAAAACAAGCUUGCUGUUGUAAGUGAAAGAAAAAAAUGUGAACACGAUAUUACAGAAGCAAGGCUUGCCCUUUCAUUGAAGAGGAGAAGCGAGUUGGAGGACCAUCUAGCAAAAGACUUGUAUAUGAUGGAGGAAUUAACUUUUAAAAAAACAGACUAUGAGAAGAGGAAACAACAAGUGGAGAGUGAGAUUGCUUGUUUAGAAUUGGAAAAGUUGAAAUCCGAAAUGACAACCACCAAGACGGUAGAUAUUGUUCCAAUGCAAAAACAAAUAUCGGAACUGUCAGAAAAUUUAGAAUUUAUUAAAGAGGAAGUAGAUCAAUUGAAUAAUAAUUAUAGGUCAUUAUUGAAUGAAAAAUCAAAAGUCGAAGAAAGGAAAAAGCGUCAAGAGUUAGAGAGAGAAAACUUAGGAGAUGAACUGAGAGUUAUUAACAGCAAAAUAGCAACUAUUAACGGUCUACUGAAUAACAAAAUGAAGGAGGAAGUUGAAAGAGACGAACGAUACUUGAAUAGUUUAGAAAUUUCACAAGAUUUAAAGACAGUUCUGGUUAAUAUGAUAUCAUUAGAAAGUAAUUCACAACAAUAUGUUUUACCACUUUCUGUUAUUAUGGGAAAGAAUUUUUCAACUCACAUUGUAGAAACAACAAGCCAAUCUGAAAAACUUCUUCAAACAGCCUCACAAAGAAAGAGGUCCAUUACUAUCUGGCCCUUGGAUAGAUUGGAUUCCUCUCAACAAAAGAAAAGAAUUGCAUAUCAAAGACAGAUUAGAGAUAAGAGAGGCUUAAAUUUCGUCAUUCCAAAAGAUAUUCUCAAUUUCGAUGAAAAAAUAGAACCUUCCAUUGAUAGAUGCAUUGGUGACUUUGUGAUUUCACUUUCAGAGGAUAUGUCAAAACAACUGGUUGAUCUCGGUAUAUCUUCAGUAAGUGGACUUGAACAACAAGAGUCUUUUGAAAGGCUUCGUAUUGAAUUAAGAGAUAUGGAGAGUAAAAGAAAUGAAAUAGAGUUGGAUUUAUCUAGAAAUGUUGAUAACUCAUUCCCAGAAGAACUGAUCAAGCAAAUGAACGACAAGAUAAUCGAGAAGGAAAAUGUGGCAAAGUCCAAAAUUAAACACUUGGAUGGUAUGAAAAUAGAGCUUGUCAGGAAGAAAGAAUAUUAUUUAUCGCUCAAGGCUAAAAAGACAGAGCAAGAAAAAAAAAAGUCAAUCAAAAAACAACAGAAAGUAGUCAAUCAGAUGGGUGAAAGCAACCUUAUGGUUGAUGAAAAUGAAAAUUCCAAAUUUAUUGACAAAUCAAUUGAGGAUUUAGAAGUAAUUGUUGAAAGCCUAGAAAAGAAAGCCAAAACUUUGGCUAAAAAAUCGAAAGCCAUGAUGGUUGAUGUAAUUGAUUUGGAGAAAAAGCAAACUAUUCUAGAGAAUAGUAAAAGUAGAGUAAUGUGGAUUUCUAAAAGUUGUCAAGUAUUAAUGGAUGGAAUAUCGUGUGGCCAAAAAGUUGUGGAAAAGUAUAAUGAAGUAGCCUUUGAAAAAGUACAACAAUUAUUUCAAAAAUUUACAGAGCUCAUGCUUCCAAAUAAGAUUGCAUCCUUGAAGAAAGUCGGUGAAAAAGUUUCAGAAGGUGUCGAAAUUAUUGUAAAAUCAAAGAAUUCAAACAAGGAAGGAGAUACCUCUCAACUUUCUCUAAUUAGUGGAGGUGAGAAGACAAUGGUUAGCUUGGCAUUCUUGUUUUCAAUUGCUACCUUUAAGAAAUCAAUGUUCUACAUUUUAGAUGAGUGUGAUGCCAAUUUGGAUGAAGAGAAACAGAAAUUAGUUUCUAGAAUUCUGUCACGUAUGUUUAAAAAUCAACAAGUGAUUUUGAUAUCUCACAAUUCAGCAGUUCAAAAUGAAGCAGACUGUAUUAUUCAUGUUUAA